GAUACAUAACUGAAAUGCACAAGACGAAAUGAACUUAAAAUAGUAUUCUUUGUUUUGAAACACAAAUAUUGAAAUUCCUUACAAAGUUGAGUAAAUUUUACGCAAAACAUCAAUUUUGUAUGACGUCAGAGUAAAAUGCUCGUGAUAGAUGAAUCAGUGGAGUGAUUAUUUGACAGGGAGUGUUAUUUUUCGCUUCAUGAGUUAUGUGCGUUUUGUUUUUGUGAUUAGUUAUUUCAACCUUCUGCGAAUAAUCGGAUUUUUUAGAGGGCCACGGAUCUGAAUUGUUUUACGUUCCAGACUUACGUUGAGAAAGUCGAUUUUAUUUCAUUAUGUUGUGAACCGCCUCACAACCCGCCCACCUACAGAAGACUCCCUCACCACCACACGCUUGUGAGCACUUGCUGCUGCCAGGGAGGCGGUAAUUCGAUACCUGCCCUCGGCGGUAGUCGAGGAGUCGGUCCAGACCGACGUCACAAUGUCCAAGCUGAAGCGAAUGCGACUGACGGGGCCAUGCUGUCUCCACUUCCGCUACUCACCUGAAGAGGUGGAACAGAGGAUGGUCAGUCGACAGAUCGACCUGGAACUGGAUAAAGAGAAGAGGAUGCUACGUAGACAGGUAAAACUCCUGCUGCUAGGUGCCGGCGAGAGUGGCAAAUCCACAUUCCUCAAACAGAUGCGUAUCAUCCACGGGUACGGCUUCGACACGGAGUCGCUACAAGAAUACAAACGCAUCAUCUAUCAGAACGUCGUGCGUGGUGUGCGCGUGCUUGUGGAUGCGCGCGACAAGCUCGGCAUCCCUUGGGGAAGCGAGGACAACGCGCCUCUCGGGGCUCACGUGAUGAAGUUUGAGACGGGUGGCAUGCUGGACACGCGACUGUUUCUCGACUACCUGCCGAUCCUGCGUGAACUGUGGGCGGACCGUGGUAUACGGACGGCCUUCAGUAGACGCCGAGAGUACCAGCUGGCGGACUCUGUGAAGUACUUUCUCGACAACCUGGAUCGGGUCGGGGUCAAGGAGUACGUGCCCUCCAACCAGGACAUCCUGCUGGCGCGCAAGGCCACCAAAGGAACCUUCGAGUUCACCAUUCCCAUCAACAACGUACCUUUCAUGUUUGUCGACGUGGGCGGCCAGCGGUCACAGCGCCAGAAGUGGCUCACCUGUUUUGAGAACGUGACGUCGAUCUUGUUCCUGGUGUCGUCGUGUGAGUUCGACCAGGUGCUCAUGGAAGACAGACGGACGAACCGGCUGGUAGAGGCGCGGAACGUGUUCGACACCAUCGUCAACAGCCGCAUCUUCCGCGAGACCUCUGUGAUCCUGUUCCUCAACAAGACUGAUCUGCUGAAGGAGAAGGUGCAGCGAGCCGACACCGACCUGGCCGCCUACUUCCCAGAGUUCAGGGGCAACUCACACAAGCUGGAGGACGUGCAACACUUCCUGGUGGAGAUGUUCACGGCGGCGCGGCGGGAGCACAAGCUGCCUCUCUUCCACCACUUCACAUGCGCCAUCGACACGGAAAACAUCAAAGUCGUCUUUAACGGCGUCAGGGACACGAUCUUGCAGCGUAAUCUCGACACACUGAUGCUGCAGUAGCGGAAGACGGUGCUGUAUGUACAGGGACGCUGAUAUAUCGCUGUUAAUUGCUGCGUUGCCGGAGGUGUUGCGCCUCAGUGGUCACGUGUGUUACGAUAACUGUGCUGAGGUUAUCGUGUAUCACAGUGUGAGUGUGUGUUCGUUUGUGCUCGUGCUACUCUCCGCAAGACUCGAGGCAUUCUUUACCAGCGGUGCCGCGCGCAGCGCUGUGUCUGGAGGCAUUUAUACGGCGGAGAGCUGCUUUGAGUCGGCGGGUGGUCUCCGCCCAGGCCUUUCUUGCGAUAUUGAGUGCUACAACUCGUGGCAAUGAUUGAUCUAAGGCCGACCAGCCACAGUCUAGGGUCUGAUAGAGAUCUGCGUCUAGAUUCUAGUUUCAAAGGCAGUCAGUUGAUGUGUGGAUUGUGAGCGGGUAAGACUGAACUCGUUUGCUGUUCGAGCGAGUUCUCAGCGGUCCAAGGCGACCGGCGCGGCGUUCGCCCAUACUCACCCUAGCGCUGCCACAGCCGCCGCGUCCCCGCCCGCCGCUGCGACCAGCCCAGUGUAAUGUUUUGAUAGUGGUGACUGGCGAGUCUUAGCGCCGGACUCCUGCUAGCAACGACUGAUGUGUUGAGUUUACGGCGUCGGCGGCUGCCGGGCGGCGCCGCUGUCGCCUCGUUUUUGCGUAUAUGUUUAUCUUUGCCGGCCAAGGGCGCUGGUGGUGCCCAGUCGUUUUUAUCGCCUAUGUUAUAUGAUGUUGCCCUCUGCCGGGUGGGGAAGGCUGGGUCGGGAGGGUCGCCGGCCCCGCCAGGGGCGCCGAUAGCGCUCUUUCGGGGACGGCGCCGGGUGUUAUUUUUGUACGCAUGCGCAUUUCACGAUCUGACUUUGACCAGAAUCCAGUCACCGACCAAACUCUGAGAGUGCCUUGUGGGCGCGGAAACGGGGCACAGUGAAUGAAGGCUGUAAGUUUGCGCCGCAAGCGAGUGUGUGUGAGAGAAGGGGUACUAUAUGCCAGUGUUACUAUUUUAUUGCCCAUACCUGUAGUCUGUAGUCGGUCGGCGGGGCACCAGGCCGAGCUGCGACGCUGCCAGCGCGGCUGUGGCCGUGCCUGUGACCGAGAGAGAGCGGUGUGGGGCCGAGCGUCUGCGCGGGACCGGCCCCUGUGAGCCCCUCUGAUCUGCUGAUGCUGCGCCGUAAUACACUAUACAGUCGGC